AUAGCGCAAGUCAUGACCGGGACAGUUGAAGAGUUGCGCGAGAUCGCAACCGGACCGCGCGGACGACCUCCCUUCAUGCAGCUCAACGAGCUCCACGUGACCAACUUCAAGAGCUUCCGCGGAAGCCACGCGGUGGCCUUCUCCCCCGGCGUCAACUGCAUCACGGGGCCGAACGGAGCAGGCAAGUCGAACCUCCUCGAAGCCAUCUGCUUCGCGAUGGGCAGCAGCGUCCUUGCGACGUUCCGCGUGAAGCAGUGGAAGGACCUCCUCAACUGCGCCGAGAAGGAAGCCAGCAUCAAGCUUACCCUAACGACUGCAAGUACGUCGUCUCAUCCGCAAGGAUGCGAGGAAGAGUACAUGGGAUUAGGCCAGGGACAAGCCUCGGUCGGCGUGACGCUUGCUCCUUCGGGACAUCGCGUCUACUAUGUCAACAACCGCGCCAAGGCCAAGAAAGGUGCAUUGAACAGCGGAGACGAUAGACCAUGA